AUGCUGGUCGCGAGAGAAUUCGAUUCGACUUUUCUGUUCGAAAUACCUAUCCGUUUAUUGGGGAUGAAAGAAGAGAUGGUAGGCCGAGAGAUCGGUGUCUGAACUGUACGUUGGCAGAGCUUAAACGAGUCAGCCGUAGAUCUGCAGCUCAGUAUUAGUAAAAUUCGUCGGUGUAGCGUUGUUAUGUAGAAGCGUGAUCUUGCCCUGCUAUUCUCGAGUGGAUAUGGCUCAGAACUCAGCUUUUGCAGCUGAUAAGAAUACUUGUUCGUGGUGUCAGUGUCGCUGACCUUCAGAAGCACCUCCCACUAGGUGCCGGUAUGAAACAAGCAACAGCAGAACUACUUUUCCUCGAGCGGAAACUUCGGUUCAGCGAUAUUUACUAUUGCUUUCUUUUUUAUGCAAUCACUUUUUCUUGAUAUUUUGUGAUGUUGUGUCUUAUCAACUCAGUUUUCAAUAUCAAAACAUGUUUUCUAUUUUUCGGCCCAAAGACACGAACUACUGCGAGAUUAAUUUUUUUUUUUCUUCUUUUCUCAACAACUCUAGAGGAAAAAGUAAUUUGUUCAGUCAACUUUAUCAAACAGUUGAGAGCAAAUGACAUGAUGUUCGUUUAGACGAAGAAUUGAGGAGCACGAGCUUGCAAGAAGUUGGAGAAGUCCGGGAAAGGAUACGGACCAUUUCCAGCAGACACAGCGGCGACGAGGACGGCUCCGAUGAGGGCGCAGAAGUUCAUGCUGGAAAAGUUCGAGGGAUUGGUGCCGUUCUUCGUGUUUCUCCGCUUUUUGUACUCCGGAUUCGAUGAGAUUCUCACAGUAAAAAGAAGUUUAUUAUUUUCGUCAUUCUAGUGUCUCUAUUCACAGAAAAUGACUAAUCUCAUGUCCUGAAAAAUAGGUAAUAUAAGUUCAGGCAAUCUGGUGAUUGGCCCUUAUGCAGUCCCACGCUUAACUUUCUUUUUUUGCGUUAUUUCUCCAGUACGACUUUCCGACUUUUCACAACUUUUUUACGUUCUGAAUCAUACCUGAUAAAAGCACUCUAGCGUGAGAAAGAUUCUGGGUACAAAAGCUGGAGAAAGUCGAAGGAAGACAUCAGUCCGCUGAACAUCUCCAACAUGAACUUCUACGCCCUCAUCGGAGCCGUCCUCGUCGCCGCAGUCGCCGUUUCUGCCGAAAAGGUUUCGUUUCAUCCGAAAUCUCCAAAUUCUUUCAUUUUCAGGCUCGUGCUCCUCAAUUCUUCGUUUAA